CCCACCGCCCCCCAGUCGCCGGAGCUGCCGAGCUCUCCCCAUCUCCUCUCCCUCUUUGCAGCGGGGGCAGCUCCGCCGGCUCGGGAGAAGGCAGCGGAGGGGCGAGGAGAGGCCUCGCUGGGGCGGGGGGGGGGCCGCCGGCCGCUUCCCCGCCGCGGGGCCGGUGCCCGGGGGGCGCCGGGGGUGCUCGGAGAGGGGAGAGGAGCGGGGAGCCCGGCGCCGCCUCCAUGUUCCAGCUGCCCAUCCUCAAUUUCAGCCCGCAGCAGGUGGCCGGGGUAUGCGAGACCCUGGAGGAGAGCGGGGACAUCGAGCGCCUGGGGCGCUUCCUCUGGUCCCUGCCCGUGGCCCCCGCGGCUUGCGAGGCUCUCAACAAGAACGAGUCGGUGCUGAGAGCCCGGGCCAUCGUGGCCUUCCACACGGGGAACUACCGGGAGCUCUACCACAUCCUGGAGAACCACAAGUUCACCAAGGAGUCCCACGCCAAGCUGCAAGCCCUCUGGCUGGAAGCUCACUACCAGGAGGCGGAGAAGCUGCGGGGGCGACCCCUGGGGCCGGUGGACAAGUACCGGGUGAGGAAGAAGUUCCCCCUGCCCCGCACCAUCUGGGACGGCGAGCAGAAGACGCAUUGCUUCAAGGAGCGGACGAGGCAUUUGCUGCGGGAGUGGUACCUGCAGGACCCUUACCCCAACCCCAGCAAAAAGCGGGAACUGGCUCAGGCCACGGGACUUACCCCCACGCAGGUGGGCAACUGGUUCAAAAACCGCAGGCAAAGGGACAGGGCGGCAGCCGCCAAGAACAGGCUACAGCAGCAGGUGCUAGCGCAGGGCUCGGGGCGCUCGCUGCAAGCGGAGGAGGAGAGCGGCGGGGAGGCGCUGGGGGCCCCCUCCAGCCCCGCCGCCAGCCUCUCCAGCAAGGCGGCCACCUCCGCCAUCUCCAUCACAUCCAGCGACAGUGAAUGUGACAUCUGACGCCGACAUCCACGACAAAGCCGGGGGUGCGGGGGGGGAGAGCCGGCAGGUCGAGCUCUCCCCCCCCAACAACUCGGUGCCAGCCCGUGGGGGGCACGGAGCGCGGCCCCCGCAGCGGACUGCAUUCAGCAAACAAACCACACACACACACACAAAAAAAAAAGAAAAAACGGGAUCAAAAGUCGUCGCCGCCUUUAUUUCGAAGGAUUCGCAGAGUUCAUGCCUAAAAAAAAAAAAAUAGAAAUACAUAAGUAAAUAAAUCACAAAACGUAAAAAAAAAAA